AUGAAGCUGUCCAUUGUCUUGCUGGGCACUGUGUUGGGGACAGCCUUGGCUGAUGUGCCAACUAUUGUCGCGAAGGGAUCCAAGUUUUUCUACAGCAACAAUGGCACUCAGUUCUUCAUUCGCGGCAUUGCUUACCAGCAGGAACACACGGGCGCAGGCGACAUGAAAUACACCGACCCCCUUGCGGAUCCAGCGGCUUGCGAGCGCGACGUCCCUUACUUCACCAAGCUGCGCACCAAUGUAAUUCGGACGUAUGCCGUUGACCCAUCGAAGAACCACGAUGAGUGUAUGAAGAAACUCGCUGAUGCUGGCAUCUACCUCAUCUCUGAUCUUUCCUCUCCGACCGAAUCCAUCGAGCGGGAAAACCCCAAAUGGGAUCUUGAUCUCUACAAACGGUAUACAGAUGUGAUUGACGCGUUCGCAAAGUAUGAUAACGUUAUUGGAUUUUUCUCCGGAAAUGAGGUUGCCAAUGCCAAGAAUAAUACUGCGGCAAUCGCCUUCGUCAGGGCAGCAGUCCGGGAUAUGAAGGCCUAUAUCAAGCAGAAGAAGUACCGCGACUCAUUGGCGAUCGGAUACUCUACCGAUGACGAUCAGUGGAUGCGUGCCGAUGUUGCAAACUACUUGGUCUGUGGAGACAAGGACAGCCAGAUUGAUAUGUUCGGGUAUAAUAUCUAUGAAUGGUGUGGGAAGUCUUCCUUCAAGGAGUCUGGCUACGAGGAACGUACCAAGGAAUUCUCCAAUUACCCCGUUCCCGCCUUCUUCUCGGAAUAUGGAUGCAAUAAUCCUCGACCUCGGCCAUUUAAUGAUGUACCAGUGCUCUAUAGCGACCAAAUGAAUGAUGUCUGGAGCGGCGGCAUCGUGUACAUGUACUUCCAGGAGGACAACGACUAUGGUCUGGUCACCCUGGAUAAAUCGAAAAUCAGUACCUUGUCGGACUUCAACAGCUUGUCGUCUCAAAUUCAAAAGGCGACCGCAACGGGCGUGAAAAGUGCCGACUAUCGCCCUACUGCCAGUGCUCGGACUUGCCCCAAGGUGGGUGACGAUUGGCAGGCCAACGCCAAAGACCUUCCACCAACCCCUAAUGCAGAUCUCUGCAAGUGUAUGGAAGAAGGCCUCACUUGUGUGGUCAAGGACUCGGUGUCGGAACAGGAGUAUGGAAAACUUUUUGGGAUGAUCUGCGGCAACGAGGGCGUCUGUGAUGGACUCGCCCGUGAUGCGAUCAAGGGGAACUUCGGUGCAUAUGGCAUGUGCAGCGCCCGACAGCAGCUCUCAUUUGUUCUGAACCAAUAUUAUCAACAACAGAGCAAGGAAAACCAGGCUUCGGCGUGCGACUUCAAGGGAGCUGCCUCCACCAAAAAGGCGAGCAAGCCCACGGGUACCUGCUCGUCGCUGCUGGGACAAGCUGGUUCUGCUGGUACUGGCACGGUCUCGUCCAAGCCAACCGGUAGUGGCAGUGGCGGUAGCAGCUCCUCCACAUCAGACUCUGCUGCCGGCCUCAUGAUAGCACCACGAUCAGUUCAGGCUGGUGCUUGGCAGAUCGGGGCUUACCUGGUGACGGCGAUGGUGACUGGUGCUGGCAUGAUCGUGCUGUGA